AGUGCACUGUCCGCCUAGUCCACAAACUGUUGGGUGGUAGUGGGCUUUGAGUUUUGAGUGGGUCUCCUUUACUCUUUGCCGUAUUCCGUAGAGUGUAGACUAUGGCGAAGACGUGAAGUGGUGACCAGUUAAUCGAUAAUAUCGUUGUUCGUAUUGCGUUCCGUUUCCCGAAAUAAGAACUAAGAAGGGCUCAGUGGCGACUGACGAGCCGCUCUUUAAUUUUAAUAUUAAUUUUAUUAUUUCUAUUGUUUGCUAUUUAUUUGUAUUUUGCACACCCGGAGAGUGUCGUCGCACUAGUCGCUAAUCAAUAUUUUUCGUAGUAGUUGUCUGUUUUCGGAAUACACGUGCAUACCUAAGCAUAUAAAAACGUAUAAUAUUAUAUACAUUUGAAAUAUUUUUAUUAAAAUAUCGUAAGUGUCAGAAAAUUAAAAUGUAUUCCAAUCCAAAUGUAGCACCACCACCACCAGGAUUUUCUCAAUAUCACUCACCACAGAACCAAUAUCCACCACCUAAUAAUCAAAAUCAAUAUCCACCUAUCGGUAAUCAAAAUCAAUAUCCACCAGUUGUUAAUCAAAGUCAACCUUAUCAACAUGACCAAUAUAAUAUGUAUCAACAUCAACAACAAAUGCCAGCUCAACAAAAUCAGGGAUAUUCUAUGAUUCAAAAUCCAAACUAUCCACCUCCGUAUUCACAGCAAGGUUAUGGACAGGUUAUUCAACAUCAACCCGGCACUUAUCAACCAUCUCCUCAAGUGAUGGCUGAUGGUUGGAUGCCAAUUCCUCAAUCUAUACCACAAAACUGUCCAAAUGGACUUCAGUAUCUUUCAACAAUUAAUCAGUUACUUGUUAAACAACAAGUGGAAGUUUUAGAAGCUCUAUUGGGAUUUGAGACCAAUAACAAGUAUACAAUUAAAAAUAGCGCUGGUCAAAAAGUGUUUUAUGCUGUUGAAGAUAAUGAUUGUUGUACACGAAAUUGCUGUGGGCCAAUACGGCCAUUUGAAAUGAAAAUUUUGGACAAUUUUAAAAAUGAAAUUAUCCAUUUAUCAAGGCCUUUAGCAUGUCAAUCCUGCUUUUUUCCUUGUUGUUUACAGAAAAUUGAAGUAUUUUCACCACCUGGGUGUUUGGUUGGAUCCGUUGAACAAGAUUGGUCAAUUUUAACACCAAUAUUUACCAUUCGUAAUGCAGCUAAUGAAGAAGUAUUAAAAAUUGAAGGCCCAAUAUGUCGAUAUAGUAUGUGUGGAGGAGAUGUUGAAUUUAAAAUAUUAUCUAAGGACAAAACCACUGUAGUUGGCCGUAUAUCCAAACAAUGGUCUGGACUUUUAAGAGAAGUAUUUACUGAUGCUGAUUUCUUUGGUAUUACUUUUCCUAUGGAUCUUGAUGUUCGUAUGAAAGCUGUUAUGCUAGGAGCUUGUUUUUUGAUAGAUGUCAUGUUUUAUGAAAAGCGAGGAAAUGCAGAAACUGAUGGCAUUGGACUUUGUUAACUUUGUUAUCUUUCAUCAUGUAUAAUGUAUAACUUUAUAAUUAAAACAGUAGUUAUAUAGUUAUAUUCAUUACUAUUUUUAU